AUGGCUGUAAAUCAGUCGAUAAUGUUCAAAGGCGGUCUACCGGCGGACUGCACGUGUCCGAUUUGUGAGCAAGCGUUGAGAGAGCCGAUGCUGCUCAAUUGUGAGCAUCACUAUUGCAAACAGUGCUUUGAGAAGGAGGAUAGAGCACCGGAAUGCGCGCUCUGUCAGACCAUCAUCCAAUCGGAGCUGUGCAAACACGAUCGUGCCAAACAUAAGCAGAUCCUCUCCCUUCCAGUGGUUUGCACUUUCGAAUCAUCCGGAUGUCAAUGGUCGGGACAAUUGGGCACUCUUCAUGAUCAUCUCACAGAGUGCACAUUCAAAUCCUCACUAAAAUGUGAGAAAUGUGGAAGACAAUUCGCCAAGGCGGAUUUGGAUCGUCAUCGCGAGAAAUGUGAACUGAAUCGAGCGAUGUGUUCCUACUGUAACAAGACAAUCAGGGAUUCUGACUUGGAGAGACAUUUGAAAACAUGUCCAGAGGUUAUUAUCAGUUGUCCGUUUCAAUGUGGAUUGUCGGAUAGGCCAAGACAUGAGGUACUAUCGAAGCUCACCGUCCCCAAUGCCCCAAUGUCGACAAUGUUUGCCCAUUUGUCCCCUAUGGAUGCACAUUUGCAGGGAACCUACGAACUGAUGGAACGCGACAUGGUCUCUUUCAACGAUCGCCAGUCUCGUAUUCUAUCGGCUGCAGACACUUGCACUGAAAUGUUCGGUCCUCAAUUGAUCUGGAAAAUCGAUAAGCUUCAGCAACGGACCAACGAGGCGAAGUCUGGAGCAGACACAACAAUCUUCUCGAAUCCAUUCAUGUCGCAUAGAUUUGGGUAUAAGAUGAUGGCGUGUGCAUGUCUUUUUGGAGAUGGAACAAGCGCCGGAAAGUCGAUUUCCCUCUAUGUCCUUCUUUUGAAGGGGGAAUUCGACCCGACUUUGGAGUGGCCAUUCAAUCGAACCAUCAAAAUAUCGCUUCUAGAUCAGAAUCCCCGUCCCGAGGAUCGUGUCAACAUCACCUACGUCAUUGAUCCGCGCAAGUUGAAAGCCAACGAAAAGUUCUUGGCUCGGCCACGUGGCGAGCGAAACGCCGCGUUUGGAUCGCAAUCGUUCUGCUCGUUGGCGAUUUUGCAGAAUUAUGUGAAGGACGAUACAAUCUACGUUCGAAUCGAUGUGGAUCGUUGCGAGACCCUUCCAGUGUCUCUGAAGACUCGAAAUGAGAAGGAAAGGAAGCAAAUGAUGGAUUCGAUUCGUCUGAAGACUCCAGAUGUCCGUGCAAUUCAUCAAGUCCGUCCGGUCACCGGACAGUCUCAGGCGGUCUCUGGAGAUCUUAGAGUCUAG